AUGAGAUUAACUUAUGCCGUUUUUCUGUUAAUUUUCAAGAACACUUCGGCUCCAAAAUCGCAGACUAUUCUUCAAAAUAAACGAGGAGAUUUUCACAAAUUUCCCGAAAAUGAUUCAAGGAUUUCGAAAAAUUCCAGCCGUGAGAGUUCUGAUAGUGGGACAACGACAACAAAAGUUGGACGCGUGAAGCGUCCGAUGAACGCCUUCAUGGUUUGGUCCAGAUCCCAAAGACGGCAAAUGGGACUAGAGAAUCCCAAAAUGCACAAUUCUGAAAUAAGCAAACGGUUAGGAUCAAUGUGGAAGGCCCUUUCAGAAGCUGAUAAACAGCCUUAUGUAGAAGAGGCCAGUAUUCUUAGAGCCCGUCAUAUGGAAGACUACCCUGAUUACAAGUAUAGACCUCGGCGAAAACAAAAGCCCCACCAUUCCCCCCAAAUGCGUGGAAAACAAUCUGGCCUUGUUCAUCAUGGAAAUCGAAUGACUCCGCUAAAUUCGAAUUCUCUUUACCACACUGCAAAGCUUAACCAAAAGUUCACUGCGCCUUCAAUUCCCGCUCAGAGCAAUUCGUAUGAAUCUCCUCCUUACGCUGAUUCCCCUCUGCUGCCAUAUAGACCAAAACCUCAAGAGAAACCGCUGGACAACACUUAUUCAUUUGACACGCCAAAUAAAUCUUACUUCGAUGGUGUGCCGGACCCUUGUUGCUACCAAAAUGACCAUAACCAAUGCUUGCCUUACGAGUACUCUUCUUACUCAGAGUCGAGCACCACUCCAGUAAAGUUUUUCAAUCCUCCAGACCCUCAAAUGCAGUCUCUAGUUGUUGAAUAUGCUAGUGUUCAAGAGUCACCGCAGUACUCAACCGAUCCGAACAAUCAGCUUUCGUCAACAGCGGAACAACAGGCUCAACAUCAUUCAUCUUCAAAUACUCACCCUCCAAUCUUUCCACCAAUGGCUCUCGCUAAUGAUUUUGAGCAGGAUGCUGCUUAUCGUGAUUGGAGUCGAGGACCGGAUGUUAAUGCAAAUGAGCCAUGCUAUUAUAACUACGGAAUGGAGGGCGGUGGAAACCCCAAUGGUAAUGAUGUUACUUCUAGUGAUUUCAAUGGAGGUAACUAUGGUGGAAUGCCAUUAGACGUUGCGGUCCUACCAUCAAUGAGUCACAUGGCAUCCUCUCUUCGGUUAAGCAACACCGAUGCAGUAACGGUCAACCAUUCCACACCUAGAUGCAUUACACCUGUUUCAUACUUCCAGCCACGAGUCCCAGAAUGCAUGCUAUCUCAACAAGGCGACAUGGGGAUACAAAACUUCUUCGAGGAGAGUAACAUGUGUUCUCGAGAGAAUCGGUUCGUCCAACAAUAUGGCUUCCCUGAAAAUGUUGUCGAUCUUCAAUCUUGA